GGGAUCCCUGCGCCUUUAGCCCCCGCCCCGCCAGUGCGCAGAACCGGGCGGAAAUUCCCCGGCCGCCCGCCCCUGACGCGGCACGGGGAGCAGGCGCGGGGCCCCGCGGUCUCCCUUUGUCCUGGCGGCGGGGCUGGGCGGGGCGGGGAGCCAGACCCGACCCGACCGCCCAGCGAGCCGGGCGCGGCUCGUUCCGUGCUCGCGGCUGCCGGCGCCGCUCUGCCGCCGCUUCCGGAGCUGGAGCCGCGGGACAGGGCGGGCCCGAGCCCCCGCGGCAGCGUCCCCAGCUCGGGCCGGCCCCGCGGCAGCUCGCCCAGGGGGUGUGGACGCGCAGUGCCGGCGGCCGGCCGGCUCCGCGGAGGCAGGGGCACAAAGGCUGGGCGUGUGCGCGCUGCGCCGGGGGGCGCCUCGCCCUGAGCCGGGGCCAGGCUGCCCGGGGGCGGGCGGCUGAACCCGCCGGGGGAGGCGCGGGGAGCCGGGGCGGGGGCAGAGCCGCUUUCGGGCCCCGCGGGCCAUCCCCGCCGCGGGAGGCGGCGCCGCCCGCCCGCCCGCCAUGGCCUGCAGCCUGAAAGACGAGCUGCUCUGCUCCAUCUGCCUGAGCAUCUACCAGGACCCGGUGAGCUUCGGCUGCGAGCACUACUUCUGCCGGAAAUGCAUCACGGAGCACUGGGUCCGGCAGGAGCAGCAGGGCGCCCGCGACUGCCCCGAGUGCCGCCGCACCUUCGCCGAGCCCGCGCUGGCGCCGAGCCUCAAGCUCGCCAACAUCGUGGAGCGCUACGCGGCCUUCCCGCUGGACGCCAUCCUGAGCGCGCGGCGCCGCCCCGCGCCCUGCAAGGACCACGAGAAGGUGAAACUCUUCUGCCUCACGGACCGCGCCGUGGUCUGCUUCUUCUGCGACGAGCCCGCCGUGCACGAGCAGCACCAGGUCACCAACGUGGACGACGCCUUCGAGGAGCUGCAGAGAGAACUGAAGGAGCAGCUCCAGGCACUGCAGGACAGCGAGUGCGGCCACACUGAGGCCCUGCACCUGCUCAAACGCCAGCUAGCCGAGACCAAGUCGUCUGCCAAGAGCCUGCGAGCCACCAUUGGGGAGGCCUUUGAGCGGCUGCACCGGCUGCUGCGCGAGCGCCAGAAGGCCAUGCUGGAGGAGCUGGAGGCCGACACCGCCAGGACUCUGACCGACAUCGAGCAGAAGAUCCAGCGCUACAGCCAGCAGCUGCGCAAGGUGCAGGAGGGCAGCCAGAUCCUGCAGGAGCGGCUGGCUGAGAUGGACAGGCAUGCCUUCCUGGCCGGCAUCGCCUCGCUCUCGGAGAGGCUCGAGGGAAAGAUCCAUGAAACAAACCUCACGUACGAAGACUUUCCUCCCUCCAAAUACAUGGGCCCCCUGCAGUACACGAUCUGGAAAUCGCUCUUCCAGGACAUCCAUCCAGUGCCAGCAGCCCUCACGCUGGACCCCGUCACAGCUCACCAGCGUCUCAUCCUGUCGGAUGACUGCACCAUCGUGGCCUACGGCAACUUGCACCCGCAGCCGCUGCAGGAUUCACCCAAGCGCUUUGACGUGGAGGUGUCGGUGCUGGGCUCAGAGGCCUUCGGCAGCGGCGUGCACUACUGGGAGGUCAUCGUCUCGGAGAAGACCCAGUGGAUGAUCGGGCUGGCACACGAGGCUGUCACCCGCAAGGGGAGCAUUCAGAUCCAGCCCAGCCGCGGCUUUUACUGCAUCGUCAUGCACGACGGCAACCAGUACAGCGCCUGCACCCAGCCCUGGACCCGGCUCAAUGUUAAGAGCAAGCUAGAGAAAGUCGGCGUCUUCUUGGACUAUGACAAAGGCCUCCUGAUCUUCUACAAUGCUGAUGACAUGUCGUGGCUGUACACCUUCCGGGAGAAGUUCCCCGGCAAGCUCUGCUCAUACUUUAGUCCUGGCCAGAGCCAUGCCAAUGGCAAGAACGUGCAGCCACUCCGCAUAAACACCGUCCGGAUCUAGGAGGGAGCAGGGAAGGGAGCCUGGAGCUGUAUAGAGCCUCCUGGCCGGCAGGCUGAGUCCAGAGUCCCUGCUAAGACAGUUCCCAUGUACUCCUUUCUGCAGGCUCCGGGGCUGUGCCAUUCCUAGCUCUGACCUCCUGGCAUUAUCCGGGUGCAGGAGGGUGCAGGGCUGGGGCUGGGGGGUUGUGGGGAUGGAGGGAGGCCAUGGAACUGUUGGUAUUUCAGUGUGAGAGGAUGCAGCAUUCCUGCCUCCCUGUCUGCGUCAGUUUCCAGACUAACCCAAGGAUCCGGGCUGAGUGUGGACAUCCAGCUGGCUAUCCCUGGCAUGACCCCGGCAUUGCCAUGGGCACUCUGCCAGGAUGGAUGCAGGUGGGACCCUGUGCUGUUGGAGCCUCCUGCUGGCAUGGAGCAGAGCUGCUGCUGAACCGCUGCUUGGUAUCUCAGCUCACCUGUGAGCUCCUAGCUGGGUUUGCUCCUACGGACAGAGCAUGAACCAUCCUGCACAGGGCUAGUGACCUGGCAGCAUCUGCACUUAGUAUGUGUUACAUUGGCACUCAGGGGCCCCUGGCACCAAGGGGUCAGGAUCCCGUGCUGCUAGGCCCUCUGCAAAGAAGUGGGUGGCAGCCUCUUCCCCAGAGAGCUGCAAUCUAGGUUUAUGACAAGGUGCAACUAAGGCGGAGAGGGUGGGGAAGGACAAGGGGGAGGGUUAGAUGAGCAUGUUUUGCAGAGUGGGCUGCAGUCUGGGCUUGCCAGCUGGGCUUGCAGUUCCUUUUAGCAGCAGCUGGAGGCUGAGGCAGCGUUGCCGUGUGCCUCCCUGAGAGCAGAGGGCUCAGAUUGCCAGAGGUAAAGCCAUAGAGCCACCAGGUCAUCAAGCCUGACCGCCUGCAUGUCACCAGCACCAGCACCACCCCGCACCCGAUCCUGAAUCCAGCAACUGAAAUGAGACCAAAGGUGCUCAGUCCACAGGAGCCUGGGUUGGCAGUGCCCCAGGCAGAGCACAGGCGGGGCUGAUGGCGGGGAAAUGACUGAGAUACACCCAGGUAACCCUGGCAAGUGACCCACCCACUGCAGAAGGCAGCAGAACGGCUCCCUCAGCUGAUCCCAGUACAGGGCAUGGGGUGUGCGCAUGACCCCAACGAGGCCACCCUCCCCCAGGCCAGUUCCCUCUUGUGUGAGGCCCUCCCCCCCAGCUGUCCCCUUCACCAGGUUCGUUGGCUGGGGCAAAAUCUGCCAAGAGGAGCCUGGAUUGGAGUACCCUGGGAGCCAGCCUGGCUCCGCAGUCUGAUGGCUGCCUUAGGGGCACACAUUGCUGGUGCCUGGCCCCAGAUCUGCCAUGGGUAGAGGCCAGCUGAGGUGCAUGACCCUCAGCCCAGCACCGGUGGAGCCUGCUCCGGCACUGUAUGCCACAGUCCUCGCUGAAGCCAGUUUGGCACCAGGGAAUAAUGGUCAGCCGUGAUCAUGGCUUGGUCCUGUGGCAGCUGCCUGUGGGCUUCCCUGCCCAGAGCCCUGUGUGGACAGAACAGUCACUGCACCUGUGUAACCAGGCUGGCUGGUCCUCCUGGCGUCACGGGUAGUGUGACACUGCCGAACACGUUGCUGGUGCUGCUCUGCGUGCAUGCCCAUGGGGCCCUCUGCCCCUGCUCAAGCAUGGUGGGACAGCAACUUAGGUUUUCCCAGAAUGCACUGCUACCAACACCUAGGUAGCAGAGCACGGAUGCACCUGGUGCGUUGGCACAGCUCCCUGGUGCUGCAGGUGGAUCAGGUGAGUGUCAGUUACUGAGCACGGUGCACGUGCAGUGUGGGCCGCGCCCCUUGGCGCAGUUUGUUUUCUACGGAGUGGAGUGUUGACCUGCGGGUUGCCAGGACAGAUCUGUGACUGUGACCGUGUACCCGGCUCCGGAGGCGUACGUUCCUCCCUCCACCUCGCUCUGGAACCAGUUCCUUGGCUCUUGUCAGUGAGCGAGAUGUGCUUCAGGUUCCCCCGCACCCUCUCCCGGGUGGAGGUCACCUCUUGGGGGAAUGCCUGCAGCUGCCUGGACUCGGGCAAACGCCUGAGCUGUGCAGUGGGCAAGGGCAGAGGGGGCUGGAGAAGAGGACCCUGGGGAGGUGGGGGUGGGCUGGAGGAGAGGAACAAGGGAUAUCAGAGUAAAGGGUGGGGAUAGGCAAGGUGUGUGAGGAUAGGAUAGGAGCGUGUGAGGCGGGUGACAGCAAUAAGCAAGGAGUCCAAUUUCCUCUCUCCAGCUGGAGCAGCCUGAGCAGGGCCCCAGGAAUCAGCAGCUCCUGGUUCUUUGUGCCGUGGCCUCUCCCCGUGCACGGUGGGGCAGACAGGUGAUGGGACAGUGCUCAGCCCAGUGCGGCCUGGCAGGCGCUGCUCCUGGCCCGUGAGGGACGCGCUCGCACGCUACCUGGGCAAUGGCAUUUUGCCAGGCACUGCUAGUGAUACAGAGGCAGCCAGAAGGCAGCAGCCUUGGCAAGUACCCUUGCCGUGGGAGGGGCUGGGAUCGCCUAGCCCGCCUGGGUCUCCGCGCGGAGCCACCCUCAGUACUGGCACCUUCACCGGCUCCAAGCGCUGUGUCCUCCAAAGGCCCGUACCAGGAAGCAUGACGGGCUGGGCUCCUUGUUCAUGAUUCAUAGAUUCGUAGAUAUUUAGGUCAGAAGGGACCAUCAUGAUCAUCUAGUCUGACCUCCUGCACAACACAGGCCACAGAAUCUCACCCACCCACUCCUAGGAAAAACCUCUCACCUAUGUCUGAGCUAUUGAAGUCCUCAAAUCAUGAUUAAAGACUUCAAGGAGCAGAGAAUCCUCCAGCAAGUGACCCGUGCCCCAUGCUGCAGAGGAAGGCGAAAAACCUCCAGGGCCUCUUCCAAUCUGCCCUGGAGGAAAAUUCCUUCCCAACCCCAAAUAUGGCAAUCAGCUAAACCCUGAGCAUAUGGGCAAGAUUCACCAGCCAGAUACUACAGAAAAUUCUUUCCUGGGUAACUCAGCUCCCACCCCAUCUAAUAUCCCAUCACAGGCCAUUGGGCCUAUUAACAUGAAUAUUUAAUUACCAAAACCUUUAUCCCAUCAUACCAUCUCCACACGGGGCAGAAGUUAGAGCACGUGACCCGGGUGGCCAACACACACCGAGUAGUCAGUGCGAUCAGCUCCUGCCAGCCCAGCAGCCAAGGGGGACGGGAAGCGCUCCAGUGCGUACAGGUAGGGACCUUGGCCGGGAAUCUGGAUCGAGUAGCUAACAUUAGAGAGGCUGAGACCUAGACUUUCCUAACAGGGGCUUCUGUUUUGGGGGGCCCCUUGGGCCUGAUAUCCAGGGGCACUGAGCGAACACCACCAGUGCCCAUCAACACCAGCUAGAGCCUGGAAGAACAGGCCAAAAGGGGCUCACAACAGGCACACAAAAGCAGCUGCUAUGACUGAAGACAUAGGCCUCACAUUGUAGCCAGUUAGUGGUAGUACCUAGCCCAGUGGGCACUAAGCCCAUAGCUGGCCCAGGAGCCGGGGCCACUGGUCUGCACCCAGAGCAGCGGGGAGGCUAGCUGGGGGAAGUCCUGUUACCGGGAGGCGUGGAGCCUGCAGAUUUGCCUUGGGGCUGUGGCAAGGGGUUGAAGGACAGAUCUGGACAGGAGAUGUCAAAGCCGGGCCCUGUCUGUGGAGAUCCUCAUGGGGCAGCAGGGAGCUAUGCACAAUGGUGGGGAGCAGGCACAAAGCUGAACAUUGAGGUAGUUCUCUUGAGGCUGCCUGGAGCCCAUCUGGUGCUGGCCUGAUGCCCUUACUCCUGUCUCAGGUCAAAGGCUCUGAGCCUUCGGCAGGAGCGUGUUUGUGACAGGCCCCUGGGAAUCAGUUCCAUAAUGGUGAGAACCCUGAGGCAGGGAAACAGACCCCCACGGAGGCAGGUGGGGCCCUGCACACCAGGGCUUUGAGAAGGGCAGGCGGCUGAUGAGACUUUCCACUCUAUAGUCACUGAUUUCAACGCAUCCGACAACAGAGCAACAGCAUCACGAUCUGCAUUACAGCUGGGGAAACUGAGGCACAGAGAGGGGAAGGCACUUGGCCAGAGUCCCACGCAACUCUGGGACUGAUACCAACAGCAGAUUCCUGGUUCUGGGCCCUGUCACCUCCCCCAGACCCAGGCUGGGCUUGGCUAGGUGCCCCAAGGGGAGAAGUCCAUUGCUGGCAAUGGAUGUCACCAGACCCUCCCCCUCACUGCACCAGGAAGCCAGUGGAAGCACAGGGAACUUGGACUUGCUGUGGUGCCUUUGUGGGCCAUAGUGCCAUGGUAGCAGUGUCUGAAUGGCAGCCAGGAGGUCCCAUGGGCAAUGGGUGCAGAGACAAUGUGGCAACAUGACGGGUAGGGUGGCAGCCCCACACGUGUGUGGCUCCAGCCCGGCCCAAGGCAGCUGGCGUGUGGUGAAUUUCACGUGGCAACAGACUUGCUAAGUCCAGGUUUUGUGAGCCCCAAGGAGCCGCUGUCUGCAGGUGUUUGGAGAGACAAACGGGGUGUUCCCCACUGGUAUUUCUUGGAUCUGGGGACUCCAGGCUGAUCAUGUUGCUUUGUAAAUGAACGAACUUGGGACAUGUCAGGGUCUCUGGUCUGAGCAAGGAGGAAGCAGCCAGCUGUGCUCACUCUCUGGACAAGUGUGCGCAGCAGCCUGGUACAUCGCUGCCUUGGGCACAUCUGCUCCGUGCACUGAGGGGAGAAGGGCGUGGACAGGGAUUGCUCUGGUUGUAUGAAGAGCCCGUUCUCCCCUUCCAGAGAUCCAGCUGAGACAUGAGCCGCCCACCAUAAGGACUCAAGAUCCAGAGGACACUAGAUGUUGUGACUGGACUCAGGCCCUCCUGUCCUCCUACCCCUGUGAGCUGGAUCACAUGCAGUGUGAUUUGCUUCUUGCCCCUUCUGGGGCCAUGUCUUGUCAGCCACCAGGCUCCCUGGAGACUUUCUGUUCAGUGAAUGGCCAACACUAAUUGCUGCUCUGCAGCCUGGCCUGGCUGCUCACUUGGUGACAGAGAGGGGAUGAAUAAUGCUCCCCCAUUUCACGGCUUCCACUGGAGGUAGCUGAUGAGCAACACUUCCUCCUACCAGGAGGGCAGAAAGCCCAACUCCAAGGCACCAGCUGGCCAUUCUGUGCUGAGUGCCUGGCUGCAGACUCCCCCACCUGGAGAGCUACUCCCCUCUCUGAGUACAUUGCACACAGCCUGGUGGAUGUAGGGGAGCAAAACCCAACAUCACUGGUGACAUGUGGUGUCUGCCCCAUCCUGGCCCAGUUCUUUCUGGGAAAAAGAGCUCCAGCUUGCAGACCAGGCUGAGGACGCUAUUUGGAGGGAGGUGCUGAAACUCAGCCCCAUCCCACUUUGGGGAUGAAUCCUGAAAACUCCUUCUGUGUGUAGGGAGUCCUAUGGGGUGCAGCCCCGUGAGGUUACUCGUCUGAGCAGGUUCAGCCUCUUGGCAAGGAGGCUGCUCUGUUGACGUCACUGGGAAAUCCCGAGGUAUGGACAGGAGCUGCAGGGAGAGAGCUGGUGUGGUAGGGGGACAGCAUCCUUCUGUAGCCUGGCAGGAUGGAGUGUGGCAGGGUAGUGCACCCACGGGCUGCGAUCCUGCAAGGUAAGCUCAGUGCCUGGCAUGAGUCGGCCCUUCCUGGCUUCACCAUCCAAGUGACUCCAGUGCCUGCUGGGUGCACUUCCAUCUCCACCACCUGCCUGCGGGCUCCGCCAGUGCUGUGGUUUUUCCUUUUUCAGAAGC